GAGCUUGCCGAGUGUCUUGAGACACUUGCUCCGCACAGUCGCGUUGUAUAGUUGCUCCGAUUAGGACGUGUGGUUCGCUCAAGCGCACGUUACAGUUUAGAACAACAACAACGACGCGCAAAUACCUGCAACAUGGAGUUUUCAACAUAUCGAAUGAGUUUUCUGUGGCUGCUGGGAUUAUGUCUACUGAUAUUCAAAGCAGGACCCACAGAAGCUCAAGGCAAACGCGCCUCACGCAUCACCAGCUCUCGCAGCUUUGGCACCAACGUCAAGUCCACCAGCUCCAAUGGCCUCAGCUUCGACUGCCCCGAGGAGUUCGGCUACUAUCCGCACCCCACGGACUGCACACAGUACUACGUGUGCGUGUUCGGUGGGGCACUACUUGAGAGCUGCACCGGCGGCCUUAUGUACUCGCACGAACUACAGACCUGUGACUGGCCACGGAACGUGGGCUGCGAGUUGGUGGACACUUCCACGGAGCGCGGCCCGGCACGUGGCCAGAGCCAGACGCAGCAGCAGCAGCAUCAUCAGCAGCAUGUUCCUAGCCGCGUGCGCUUUGGGUCCGCUUUCAGCAGUCCAGGUGGCGCCCAAAAGGCGCCCACAGUGGCGCCGCAAUACCAUCGCUCUCCGCCACAGGUCAUACAGGCUCAGGUCCACAAUAUCCCACCGCCUCCACCAGAGCUGCGCGUUCCACCCAAUCCGGUGGUCACGUCGCGGGGUCAGCCGAAGCCAUUGCUGGACGCACAAGAGGACAUAGCGAAGCUCUAUGCUGAGGCGCAGGAAACACUGCCACCCGCGGAGGAGGAGGAGUCCGAUCGUCAGCAGCGUGUGUAUCGCGGCCAGCCAAGCACCGUUAGCCAGGUACAACGGGAUCGCGAUGGCAUCAUCCAUCAGGCAAGCAUCAAUGCCAUACCCCAGAGCGGAAAGCUCAGCUCCUACGCCUUCGGAACAGCCUACAGCGAAAGCUUGAAUGACGAACAAACGCUCGAAUACGAACUGUCACAUAACGGACUCGAGGCACGAACGCGAAAACGACGAGAACUCACGAGGCAGACAACGGCAGUUGCGGACACAGCAACGGAGACAACAACAACACCAGAACCAGAACCCAAAGUGCAAACAGAAAUGCCCAACGAUUCGAAUACAUCGAGCGAAGUGAUGGAAACUGAAAGCAGCAGCACGCUACCCGGCAACGACAGUGAAUCGAAUAACUCAGAGGAGCACUACGACGAGGUGGCUCCUGUCGAAGAUAAGAUACAAAAGUACUCCUCAAAGAUAAGUCAGCGAAGGGAAACCCCAGCAAAUGCAGUAAUGGAGUUUGACUACGCUGGUGAUGAAGCUGCUGAAGACGAGGACGAGCGCCCAGAGGAAACAGAUGCGGCAACAGGGGAGUCAAAAAGACGCCCGCGUCAGCUUCGCCCACUCACGCACACCUCUGCCAAAUGGCCGGCACAGAACUAUCGGGAAAUUGACAACCAAGGCUACCAUCAGCAUCAGACUGGCCAAAGCUAUAGCUUUGGUAACUUCAAUCCAUAUCUAACGCCACCAGCCAGUCCCGCGCAGACUCCGCAGCCGUACGGCAAUCACAACUACAACAAAGUAAACGCCGGCUAUCCCGCUCAGGCUUAUCUACACCAGCAACAGCAGAUUUCCACAGCAAACCAACAAAAGCCAAAGGUUGUGUACACCGGCUACAAUCUAUCGCUGCCACCGCCCCCCUUGGAGGAUGACUUUCGCCCGAUUGCGGGCAACUACUUCGGAGCGCCAAGCAAUCCACGAUUGCCCCCGCAGAACCUCCAACAACAGCACUCGAGCAGCGGUGGAGAUCUGCUACCAUAUUUAAUACAGCAGCUGAAGGAAUUAAAGGAACGUCGCAAGAAUAUACAAGCGGAAAACUUUGCCUAUUUUCAUUUGGACAAUCAGCCAGUGACACCCGCCACUGCCAGCGCCCCAGCACCCAGCUCCUCACACGCCACAACCACAGCACAAACGCCGUUCGCGUACUACUCACACUCCCACCUAUCAGGCGACCCGUCCAAGCCCACACAGCAGGUGACACCCGUUCCCAAAGGACAGUACAGCACCAUGGGAGGUUUUUACAAUAAUCAGGGUCCCGAUCAUGGGCAAGUCAACCCGAACUAUCCCGGUAAGCUGGUAUCCCAGUACAGCAUUGGCAGCACCACGGAGAGCAACUAUUUUCAGUAUAAUGUUAUAGCGAAUCAGAAGAUGAAAGGCGUCUACAGCACAGCCAAACCGAAUCAAGUAGGACAAGUGGCGGUCAAAGUGCGACCCCCAGUCACACCGCUGCAGGUCACGCAGAGCAUCAACAUUGUGUCGGCGCCCAAUCUGGCCUACAACAGGCCCAACACAGGUCUGCAACAGGUGCCAUUCCGUGACUUUUCGCACAUACCCGUAGGCAUAAGCUAUACGGGCAACAGCACCGUGCCAGAAUCCUAUCAGACUUUUACCAAGACAAUCACUUCCACAGAGGCUCCGGCGACCACAACGACUGCCGAUAAGCCCAAGCUGACAAAUUUUCAAUUCAAUAUCCAUGAGUUCAUGGCUAACCUAAAGUCCAGCGAUCUGGCAAGUGUGAAUCCGGCCAUAAACCCAUUGAUUAAGUACUUCAAGCAGUUGAACAGCGAUGUCCAGCGACGUCCAGUUGCCCUUUCCAGCACGACGACAAUCCCAAUUUCCACCACAUUGAGUACUUCUACACCUAAACCACGACAAAGAGAAAAGCCAACCAUUACAACCACUUCGAGACCGCUCAAGGGCUACGAGAGCUUUAUCAAGGGCAUACAAAAUCAAAUCAACAAACAGACCUCGAGUCAGAGUGCGGCACCGCCUACAAAAUCCCCAACAACGCCGCGAGUAAGACCCACAAUAAGGACUAGCAGCAGCAGCAGCACAACGACUACCGAAAGCGUCGACUACUACGACGAGGACUACGAGGAAGAUGAUGAUAUACUGCCACCGUCACACUUGCCGCCUUAUAUGCCCAUGUCCGAGACAAUGGCACCACCACGCCCGCAACUGGCAGCCACCACAGCGCCUGUGACUGGGCUGCCAGUACGCAACAACUUCCAGACUGGAUUCAUGGAAGCCACCACCACACGACGUCCAUUCCCAAACUUUGCGCAGCUUAACAGCAGGCCCAGUACGGAGACUGGCACUGGAGUGCCGUCAUUCAUCAACUUCCCCAGCGACAUAUUCCAGGAACUUAAGCAACGUCUGCCACAGUCCACCACUCCCACGUCAGCGGCUUCCACUACGCAGAGCACGCGGCCCAGCUCCACGACAGCAUCCACAUCAACAUCCACACGAAUGCGCUACACAACGCGGCCACGCACUAGAGGACAACAAAAGUGGAUGACGAUGGCACCAGCUGCAGCUGCAGCCAAGGGAGUCGAGAACAACACCAAACGGGCGAAAAAUGAAAGUAAUUCAAUGUCCGGCUACUAUUCCGGCAAGCAAAGUCACAGCAGCUUAGGUGGCCUCCAAUUGAACUCUGUGCACAUCGUCGGCUCAGACUCAGGCGGGGACAGACACAGGGACAUUGAGUAUCAACAACAACAACAGCAGCAAGACCAUCAGCAGCAGCAGCAACAGCAGCAACAGCAACAAUAUCAUCAGCCAGCUGUGCGCCAUCAACAGACGCAAUCAACGUACCGUCCACUGGAGCAAUCGGCCACACCGACUCCACCACAGAAGCCGCUGUACAGCAAUCAACCGACGUUGACCUACAGCACGGACUACGAUGAGGAUAUUAAUGCACAGAUCGAGCAAGAUAAUGUGUACGAUCAGCCCACACAUUCGCCCCAAAGCUCGAAAGCGCAUGCAAAUAAAAUCUAUAAGCAACAAGCUAUAAACAAAUCAAAGACAAAAACAACAACAAACACUACACAGCCACCAACGACCACCACCACCAGCACCACAACAAUAUCUCCUCCAACAUACCACCCUUCGACUUAUAGCUCCAAUCCCUUUCUCAAAUCGAAGCUCCACAGUCUGGCCAAGUCGCUGGUUAGCUUUGUGGCCAACAGCCACCCUCCAGAUAAAUUCCAUAAUCAACAUUCAGUUCAGAACCAGAACCAGACCCACUCCCAACUCCAACUCCAAACUCAUGUUUAUCCCUCAGUUGCUCCAACCACAACCACGACGCAAGGGCCUCUGGUGGUGGACAGUUCCAGCAGUCAAUUGGAAAAUUCGGAAACCGUCUUCGAUGAGAGUCAGAAUGUUCAUGUGCAGACGGCCGAGGCACCGAGCAGCCGCUCCUUCGAGACCAGCACUUCGCCCAAGUUUUUAGAUUUCAUUAACACCGCCGCUUACGGCACAAGUCCGCGCGGCAAUCUGCUGCACGCGGUGCCAAGUAAGCCCGUGAAGACGAACUACCAGCAGUUGCACAAACAAAUGCCAUUUAGGGGAUAUCUAAAUGAGCCGCAGACCAGCAAGCGCAUUCAGAGCUACAUCACAUCCGAUGUGGAGCCGCAGAGCUUUAGGUCUCCUGCGAGCGAAACUCUGUCCUCGAUUGAGCUAUUGGACAGCUCAAGCACCACGCCAGGCACGACGCUCAGUAAAGCGUUUCAAUAUAGCCUACAGCGUGGAUCGUAUGGGUUUAGUCUGCGCGCUGAGGAUGGGCCAGAUGUCACCACUGAUCUGUCAGCAAGUACAAGUACAAGUACAACUACAACUCCAUCUACCAAGCCCAGCGAUGUGGAUAUUGUGCCCACAACCUAUGCUCCACCUCUGCGCAUUUGGCGCAAUGGAAGACCCACAAUUCAAGCCUAUACCAAGGCCACAACCACAACAGCAGCAACCACUGCAACAGCUGACAGCUGGAGCGAUAGUGUGGAGUCCAGCAGCACUUUGCGAAGCACCUCAACAACGCCAAAGUCUCAGGGCAUGCCAAGCACCGAGCGGUACAUAUCCCCGGGACAACGAAGCACCAACCGCGCCAAUCACUUCAAGGACAACCUAAAUCGGGCCACUGCCAAUCCCGCCAUGCGUUUUGUUUCCCCCUACAAGAGUCUGGAGAAUCUGCUGCAGGAGGAGCGUCAGCAUUCCAACAUGAUGCUGCGCACGACAGCCAGACCGCGUUACACCAACUCCCCAGCCUCGCCGCCUUUCCUGCAGACCACACAGAAGCCGCCAAAGAAUUUGUUUGUUUCUGGGUUAACACCUAAGAACAUCAGCGCGGAUGUGCUGGCCACAAUGGUUACAGGAAAUGUGCGAAACUUUAGCAUCAGCGAUGCCAUCUUGAGCACUUUUAGUCCGCAGAGACCGGUGUCAAGUAUGCUGCGUAGCACCACUAAGGCAGCUCCAACGACGACAACCCCAACAACGACCACUACUCCAACCACGACCAUGUCCGCGGUGGUAGCUUCAUCGCCCUUGCGGGUUUCCCAGGCUCCACUGCGUCCUCGCGGCCGCUCACGCUACACAGUCGCCACACUUGACAAUUUAGCGGAGAGCGUGGACGAGCCCACGACCUAUGCACCCCGGCUAAGGCUACCCAGCAGCCACUUCGACACCAAUCAGUACACAAAACGUGUCCGCAUAGCCGCCAAACUGCGCUCGUCUUCGGGUGAAGCCACAUUGCAGCCACACGCCAAGUACGAGUCAUACAAGGCGGCCAUACAGGCCAAGGACUCGAACAAUUUUGGCACACAAAAUGUAACAGCAAAGCACGUAAAGUUGUUUAAACGCAAACAAAUAGAGAAUGAGGCCAGCAUAUCGGAUGGACCCAGAGCCGAGGCAUUGAUUGGACAUCAGCAAGUAGAAGUCAGGCAACAAAAUAGCCUCGAGGAAAUGGGCACAGCAACUGCAUCCAGCUCCACGGAGCAUGUGGUGACCAUAACAGAUCGUCCGACUGUCAAGUUUCUCUACUCGAACAAAUAUCGCCAGCAAACGGCGGAAAGUACUUUGGCGGAUAGUCUCCAGAAUGCUGGCUACCUAACCACCGGCAAUGGGCGGGUCCAAAAGUUUCGUGCUGUGAAUGUUCUGGAGCAACUGAAGCAGUUCCUCGCCGGCAGCGAUAGCAAUAGCAACAGCGAUGAGAGUGGCACCUCCCGAUUUGUUGAUGAAUAUUCGCUGCCGGAAAUAAAGGCAGCCGUUGAUGAAAUUAAGCAACUUUAUGUGCCCACGGGGCGUACGACGAUUACAACCACAACGACUACGCUGCGUCCUAGCACCACGCCCAUUGCGUCUCCCAGUAUCCGCCCCACUUUGGGAGCAAGCCAAUCCAAAGCAUAUUCCUAUUCCUCCUCCACUUUUAGCACCGAACCCACCAACCCAACUCCAACAGUUAGAUAUUCCCCUAGCACCACCACCAGCACCACUCCCGAUGUUAGUAAUCCCUCAACAACCUCAACAACAGUUUCACCAACAACUUCUACUGCUACUGCUACAGACACACCCUCCUCCUCCUCCUCCUCCUCCUCCUCCGUGUUUGCAAUGCCAACUGCGCGCGCCUCGAGGGUUAACAAUGUCAUAAGAUCAUCGAUUGCCGCUGCUGCCGCCCAAUCGUCCAGCUCAGGCUCCUCCACUACCUCCACCUCCUCCACAGCGGCGGCUAAGGCAAAUAAAUUCCAAUUUGGAUUCUCUCCCAACAAUAAGAACCAACAGCAGCAGCAGCAGCAGCAGCACAACAGCAACACCAAUGCCGCCGCCGCAGCAGCAGCGUCUGUAAAAUGCUCUGAUAGCACAUUGAGCGCCAAAUGCAACGAGAUUCCCUCAAGAAACAACAAUAGAAACCGAGGCGGCGCCAUUUAUGCCAAUCAGGAUCGGGAUGUUGUGCCCACAGCCAAUCGAGGAACGCAUCCACCACGCACCCGUCCCACGCUUAAGCCUUCCGGCACUAUUGUCUCGAAGGCUCAAGAAUUUGUGGACAUUUAUAGAUAUCCACCAACACGACCGGAUCCCAUCUACCCACAGCCCACGCCCGACAAGACGGCAGCCAAGUGCCGCAAGGAUGUGUGCCUGCUGCCAGACUGCUAUUGUGGUGGUCGGGAUAUACCUGCCGAGCUACCCGCUGAGAGCAUUCCCCAAAUAGUUCUCUUGACUUUCGAUGAUUCUGUGAAUGAUUUGAAUAAGCAAUUGUACACGGAUCUGUUUGAGAAGGGGCGCGUCAAUCCCAAUGGUUGCCCCAUCACAGCCACAUUUUACGUCUCCCAUGAGUGGACCGAUUACAGCCAGGUGCAAAAUCUAUACGCCGAUGGACAUGAAAUGGCAUCCCAUACAGUUUCUCACAGCUUUGGCGAGCAGUUCUCGCAGAAGAAAUGGACACGUGAAAUAGCUGGCCAGCGGGAAAUACUUGCGGCUUAUGGUGGCGUCAAGUUGUCGGAUGUCAGGGGCAUGCGGGCGCCCUUCCUCUCGGUGGGCGGCAACAAAAUGUACAAAAUGUUGUACGACUCCAACUUCACCUACGACUCAUCCAUGCCUGUCUAUGAAAAUCGUCCUCCAUCCUGGCCAUACACACUGGACUAUAAGAUCUUUCACGAUUGCAUGAUUCCACCCUGCCCAACGCGCUCCUAUCCGGGAGUGUGGCAAGUGCCUAUGGUCAUGUGGCAGGACUUGAACGGUGGACGCUGCUCCAUGGGCGACGCCUGCUCAAAUCCCAGUGAUGCGGAGGGUGUUACCAAAAUGAUUAUGAAGAACUUUGAGCGGCACUACACGACGAACAGAGCACCUUUUGGAUUGUUCUACCAUGCAGCCUGGUUUACGCAGCCCCACCACAAAGAAGGCUUCAUUAAGUUCCUGGAUGCCAUCAAUGCCAUGCCCGAUGUGUGGAUUCUAACCAACUGGCAGGCACUGCAAUGGGUGCGGGAUCCAACGCCCAUAUCACGCAUUAACUCCUUCCAACCGUUUCAGUGCGAUUAUUCGGACCGACCGAAGCGCUGCAACAACCCGAAAGUGUGCAAUCUCUGGCAUAAAUCUGGCGUGCGCUACAUGAAGACCUGUCAGCCCUGUCCAGACAUUUAUCCUUGGACCGGCAAGUCGGGCAUACGCUCAUCGCGCAUCGAUAAUGACAAUAAUGUUGAGGAACCCGCAGCGGCGUAAGACUUUGCCCUAGCAUCAAGUCUGUUCUUCGAGAUCCAUAGACUAACAGCAGCAGGCACAAGAGGCCACACUGGUGGUCAAAGGUAGCUCGAAAUACGAAAUUCACUCGUUCAAAAUCGUUUCAUUUACUUUAAUACUUUAGCUAAUUUUGUUUGCCGCGAGAUCAUAGUUAAUUUUUUUUGGAGCAUGUUACCACAAAUUAUUUAUUCCCGCUUGCACACUCGAUAUAUUCCUAUAGAUUGCUACUUAUAGCGUAUUUCCAUGCACCCUGGAAUACCACAUGAAAAACAAUUAGCAAUAAACUUUAGUGAAAUUAAGAACUAAUAUUAGUAAGUUGCAUGGCAAGCGUAGUGGUUAGGCUAAUGUAUUUUCAUUUAACUUGUGAUAAAUAUUUACAGCUGAAUUUAUGUAUGUAUUAGACGUGCACAAUCCUCUUCCAAAUCAUUUACUCUUUCCAAACUCUCUUUCAUUUUUGUCUUUCUAUUAAGAGCGGAACAUUUAAAUAUAUUUAAGUUCUUCUACGCAUAUUUUUGAAAUAAAAACCAUUCACUACAUUUUACUAUAACUAAGUAUUUAGCACCACAACCAAGAGCAGUAGUGGCAGUAUCAGACUUUUAGAGUUAAACGCAGUGCAGAGCAGAGUAUAAUAUUAGCAUUUAAGUCAAACACCAGCAGCAUUCUGUACAUCAUGCACCAUCCUUUUGAAUUUGUUUAGUCUUUGGUAAUGGAUAAUAAAUACGUUAACUAAUGGAGCAACAACUGCAAGAAGUCAAUGAGCGAACGAUAACUGGGAGCGCCCAUAAAUAGUUAAGAACAAUAAUGAUUGCCAAUACUUAGCCGCUGCCUUACUGCAAGUCGAGAUGGAAGCCAAUCGAAUGUAAGCUAUAAUUAUGCGAAAGUAUUAAUGGGAUUUGAAAUGCAAUAAUUCAAGACGAAAAUUAAUAAUAUAAAGUAGCAAAACUCUUCAUGGCAGGGCGCGAUGUAAGAAACAAUUUUGUUGCAACGAGUGAAUUAAGUAUUUUGUGCUCAUGUUUGUAAAAAGCUACACCUACAAUUGAAUGUAUGAAUGUACGUUGCAUGUCUAUAAUAAAGUUAAAUAUUUAAA